AUGAUCAACUUUGUCAAAUGCUUUGGCCAUGUCUAUGUAGAUCGUAUCAACCUGGUUGUUGUUGAGGAAGGCAGAGAACUACUGCGGUUGGAAGAAGGACAGCAGGUUGUGCAGAAGCAUGUCCAGGAACUGUUUGCCAACGUUAUGGACUUUGAGUUACAGAGCCGAGGAGAACCUUGCUAUCUACACGACCAAGGGAAUAUAAUCAAAACUGAGAAAAAGCCGAAAGCACAAUGGAUCUACGAUUUGAAGAGAUCAAUAAAUAGGUCAACCCAUCCUGGCUUCAAGUACCUAACAGAAGUAGGGAGCCCAGCUGUGCGACUUUUCUGGGUGAUAGCACUCAUGGUGGUUCUGGUGGUAUGCGGGAUAUCUGUAUUCAUCUCGUAUUGCCACUGGAGUUCUGGAUAUUCCUCCGGAUACACCACCAAUCAGGUGUCCUUGGGUUCGAUCCCAUUCCCAGCCAUAACAAUCUGUCCUGAAAGGAACAUUGGUGCGAAAUUCCAGUUGAACGAACUUUUGAAACUUUGCACCAGCUACACUUGUUCAAGAGAUCAGUUUGAACAGAUUUCUGCAGCCUCUUUCUUGUGUCCUUCUCUUCUAGAGACUACAUCUCUCAAGUAUUGGAGCUCCUACUACAACUCUACCUCUCCUGAGUUCAUGUUAGAGUUGAUGCCAUCUUGUAGCGAGGACAUUCCCUCUUACCAUUGGGCUGAAAAGGGAACCGACACUAACUGCACAAAGUCCUUCCAGACUCUGUACAUCGACGAUCGCGUUUGUUAUACGUACAACAUGCUUCCAGCUUCGUAUGUCUUUAAAGACAAAGUGUCGCCAGAGCCUGUGAUGAUGGACGCCACGGGACUGAUGGUUCGCCCCGGAUGGACCCCGGACAGUUUGGUCCGUCCGGAUUACACGGAUCACUCCAUCCCUAUACAUAGAGACUGGGCUGGCGAGGAUUUCAAACUGAUCAUCAACCUUGAUAGGAAAAUCUUCAAUCAAUCGUCUUGUGUCGAUCCUUUCAAGACUUUUCAGGUGGCGGUCCAUCACCCAGCAGAUAUUCCUAUUCGAUCCAGCCACCGAUAUCUGCACCUCCCUGUCGUCCACUCCCUACACAUCGCCGUGACUCCCGUCAUAGAGUCGUCCCCUCUAGAGUGCCUCGUCCCCUUACAAGGAGACUCCAAGUUGUUCAGACACUACAGUCAAGCAAAGUGUCGCCUAGAGUGUAGAGUUAGGUGUUCUACCAACAUGUGUGGCUGUGUGCCUCUAUACCUGCCGAGAGCGGGAAAUACGACAAAAUGGUGUGGAGUGCAAAUGAGACACUGCACCGACUCGCUGGUACCAGAGUUACUACGAGGGGAAAUCACUUGGAAGUCAAUAACCAAGCACUUUCGGAUGUGGAUUCGAAAGGACCUGAAAGAGACGAUUACAUCUCAUCUGUAUGACAACCCUGGACAGGAGGAACUAACAGACAAGUUAGUGGAUAGUUUGAGACCAGACUGUACCUGUGACUGCCCUCCAGCCUGUAGGACUGUACAGUACCAUCUAGACACUCAGGUCGUACCCCGGGGAUCCCAAGAAAGGAAUUGGAAAAACAAAAGCGAGAUCAACGUUUAUUUCAAAGAAGGAAUCGAGGCUGUCACGUUGGCCGAGCCCAAAGUGAUGAAUUACUUUGUUGAUUUUCUCGCUCACGUUGGAGGCCUGAUGGCACUAUUCACUGGUAUAAGCGUGCUGAGUGUACUGGAGCUGCUGUACCUCACCUUCUCAGCAAUGCUGCGCCGUGGUCGUCAAGACAAUGGCUACGUCAGCAGACAGACGAGCUGCCUCAGGCAGAAACAGGAGUGGGACAAAACUGCUCAGACUGACCCCAUCUUCAUAACUGACGGCCACCUCAACAUUGCCUUCUGACAGGAGGAUUAAGUGGAACCAUG